UUCGUAAGUCUUAUGGAUCCCGCAGGGGGCGUCGUCAGUCCCCGUCAUGGAAGGCGAUUGUAAUGGAAGGGUUCGCGCCCCCAGCCCCGCCUUGCCUCACCUCGUCGCACCCCCUUCUCCCUCUCCUGCUCUCAGAGAAAAGAAGGGGGCGGGCUCUGAGGAGUGAGCUCAGCGAGGCGGCGGCGAAGGAGGCCGGGCUCCGGUCGGCGUGCCGAGGGGACGCAGUUGGAGCAGGAGGGAGUGCGUGGCCGGUUGGCUCGGGUGCUGGGGGGAAACUGCGGCACGAGCAGGAGAAAUGUUGCCGGCGGCGCGGGCCGAAUACAUGGCGCCCUGGUGGGCAUCCUGGCUGCACGGGCUCCCCCAUUUGAGCUUCAGCCUGCAACCCGUCUCCAGCGCCUUCCGCCCGAGGGACGCCGACUACCAGCAGUCCCUCCUGUUCUUGGCCCUUGUGGGAGUUGUCUUUUUGGGCCUCAACCUGGUCUUCCUUGGCACUUAUCUGAUCUGCCUGUGCUGCUGCAAGAGGGAGGAGGAGUCGGAGACAAAGAGGCCCAAUUCUUGCUGCAUUACCUGGACUGCUGUGGUAGCUGGCCUCAUCUGCUGUGCUGCUGUUGGCAUUGGUUUCUAUGGCAACAGUGAAACCAACGAUGGGGUUUAUCAGCUGAUCUACGCCCUUGAUAAUGCUAAUCAUACUCUCUCAGGGAUUGAUUCACUGGGCUCACGCACAACUACACAGAUGAAAGUGGCUCUGGAGCAGCACCUAGCCCGGCUGAAUGAGAUCUUUGCCACCCGAGGUGACUAUGUGCAGACCCUCAAGUUCAUGCAGCAGAUGGCAGGCAAUAUUGUGCUGCAACUCUCAGGGCUCCCUGUUUGGGGUGAUGUCACUGUACACCUGUCCCAAUUCGCCAGUGAAGUUGGCUAUGUGGAAUAUUAUAGAUGGCUCUCCUACCUCUUGCUGUUCAUCCUGGACUUGGUGAUCUGCCUUAUUGCCUGCCUGGGGCUUGCGAAGAACUCCAAAUGUCUGCUUAUUACGAUGUUGUGCUGUGGUCUUUUCACACUCAUUCUCAGCUGGUCUUCCUUUGCAGCGGAUGUUUCGGCAGCGGUGGGGACCAGUGACUUCUGCGUAGCCCCAGAUAAGUUCAUUGUGAACAUGACACAAGGUGACCUCAGUGCAGAGAUUGUACGGUACUACCUGUAUUGCAGCCAAAGUCCAACCAAUCCCUUCCAGCAGGCCCUGACCAUCUACCAGCGCUCUCUCACGACCAUGCAGAUCCAGAUCCAGGGCCUCAUGCAGUUUGCUCUGCCUCUUUUCCCUACAGCUGAGAGAGACCUGCUUGGCACACAACAGCUACUGAACUACUCAGAGACCAGCCUGCACCAACUGACUGCCAUGUUGGACUGCAGGGGCCUGCAUAAGGAUUAUCUGGAUGCCUUGACUGGGAUCUGCUACGAUGGAGUGGAAGGUUUGCUCUACCUCAUUCUCUUCUCUCUGUUGGCUGUCGUGUCUUUCUCCACCAUCAUCUGUGCCGUGCCACGUGCCUGGAAGCACUUAGCCAGCAGGGACCGAGAAUAUGACGAUAUAGAUGAAGAGGACCCCUUCAAUCCGCAGGCCCGACGUAUUGCUGCCCACAACCCUACCCGUGGGCAGCUCCGUAGUUUCUGCAGCUAUAGUAGUAGCCUAGGCAGUCAGACAAGCCUCCAGCCUCCAGCACCGACCAUCUCCAAUGCUCCAGUGUCUGAGUACAUGAACCAAGCUGUGCUCUUUGGUGGGAACCCACGCUAUGAAAACGUCCCACUGAUUGGAAGAGGAUCGCCUCCCCCCACGUAUUCUCCAAGUAUGCGAGCCACCUAUCUUUCGGUUAAUGAUGAUCACAGGCGACAGUAUGGCAACGAAUUUCCAGCCUAGCACUCACCUUGUAGAGAAAAGCCCACAACAAACAAUGUUGCUAUAGUGAAAAACCCAACAACAACUGAAGGUGCAUGGACUGCAGGGAAUAGAAUUGCCUCCAUAGUGAAGUGACGGAGAAGGGCUCUUGGAGAGGGAGUCAGCUGGAGAAGAGACCCACUGGCACGCCGGGUGGUCUUCCAGGGAUUAUCCCAUGUGCUCAACUGGCAGCUUUUUUCUCUCACUGUGUUUAGUCUUCCUCUCUUGCACACACAGGAUGGUAGCCAGUUCUUCCAUCGUUGGAGCUAACUGCUCUGAAGUCUUCUCUUUGACUCGCCAUCUCUUUCUGAUCCCUUCUUUCCACCAGGGCAUUGUCCUCCCCAAGCUUUGGGGUGGGGAGGUGGGGUGGAAUUAGGUUUUGGACUGUCACAAGUUUGUGCACAGGCACAGUAUGAAUUCCUACUUUUGCCCCCCUCUGCACUGACUUAGGGGCUGUUUGUUCCAUCAUUGAUGGUGUGGUUUGGGCUUUCUUUUUGUUUUAUUAGAGCAAAUAACAAAGACCAGUAUACUGUACCAGUAAAUAGAACGCUGACGUGGUGUACAGUGACCUAAGGGAAAUGGGGUGUUUGCCACGAAAGAAAAUGCUUCCACACCUCUGAGUCAAAUGCAAUACCAACCACUAGAGUGAAUUUCCUUUUUCCUCUGGAGAGGCCUCUGCACAACAGCCUGUUGCUGGCUUGGCACUAUGCUACUUUAUCAACAUCUCCUUUUGAUAACACUUGUUUGCUAUAUAGUAUGGUAUGAGAUCCAUGCACAGUAUUCUCCCUUGUCAUUGGUCCCUUUGUUAAUAGAAUGAACAUGCAAUUCAGCAACCAUUGCUUUGAUGGCCUCGGGUAUUAUUUGGAACAAACUGGGGUUUUUCUAUUCUUUUAUAUAUUUUGUUUGUUCUGCAUAUUAUAAUAAUUAUUAUUUUUGUUUUUCCUUCCAGUGUUUUUAUAUCAGCUAUCCAAAGAGCAUAACUUUUUUUUGGUCUUUUUAAAGAAUUUUUAUUAAUUACACAAGGGUUUUUUUUAUAUGUCUGGAUAUUUUGUAAAGUCAAUUUCUGUUUUUAGCACUGAUUUUUCUUAAAAGAAAAAUUAACCUCCCAUGGCAAUUGCAUGCUAUUAUCUGUGUAGGGGAAAACUUUGACUCAUUCAAGCAUUCUUUUCUCUGACUACGAGGAGGGCCAGGGGUGGGAUAAAAAUAAUGGCGGAAAUUGGAUUGGUAUGAAAUAGGGAGAAAUGGCUUUGACUAUUGCCACAAAGGUGUUCCUGACAAUGUCUUGGCACAGUUUCCCUUGAGUAACGGCUUGUCCACUUUUCUCCAGCAAUGGACAGGACUGUAAUACAGCUAGCAUCUUUGGAGGCUAUUGAAAGUAAUUCUUACUGUCAAUGUUAAUCAAGGGAGUCUUGCUAAACUAAAACUGUUGUUCAUCGCUAUAGUGAUCAUCACUCACACAGUUUUGGCUGUCAAUAAAAAUGGAGCGUGACUUUCCAUUUCCAUUCAGUAUUGGAAAGAAGAAUCCUUUUUGCCCUUCUCUUCUUCUGUGUAUAUGUGUGUGUCUCUGGGGAAAGGAGAUAUGUCUAGCUGGCAGUGGGGGACUGCUGGGGGAUGGGAAGGGGAUCAAAAUAUGUCUAAAUGGAUGAGUGGAAUGUUAUUUCACCUACAGGAGCUCUGAUGCCACCCUCUUACUUGGGAGUAGCCAAUGUGGUGCCCUCCAGGUACUGUUGGACUACCAUCCCUGUCCAUGGGUCAUGCUGGAUGGCAGUGAUGGGAGUCAAUUUCAGCAACAUUUGGGAGACAUCAUGUUGGCUUCCCCUGCCUUACAGGUUUAAUUUUACCUAAACCAAUUUAACUCGCCUCUUUUUUAAUAUUUGCUUAGGCUGUGUUUCCCAAUGAGUUGCUCAACAUUUUGUACCUUGACAUUGGAGGAAGAGAAAGCAAUAUAUGAACAUGCUCUCUCAUGGGAACACAAAGAGAUGGGUUAGCCACCAAAGCGCACAGAGAGAGAGAGAAAGCAUUUAUUAAACCUGGGGACUACAAAUGAGACUUUCCAGGCGGCAUCAGCCUGGAUUAGUAGUAUUUGGGCAGCACAUUCUUCUGAAUUGCUCCUGCCAACCAUGGCACAGGGGCUAAUAGUGCUAAAAACUGCAGAGGUACAAAGUUAGCCUCCUAAGCUACACGGAGGUUUAAUUACUUGACAGCAAUGACUCACUGUGUCUUUUAUCAAGGAUAACUUGUACAUAUGUAUGGCAACAUAAUUUGAACAUUCAUCUUAUAUGUGGCAAACUACAACUUUAAGGCAUGGGACAGGAAGAACCCUGAAUUUUAUGCUUUUAAUUGUGUCACUGUAACAAUACUGUUUAAAACUGUUUUUUUUAAAAACGCAUGUGAACUAACCUCAUCUCAGGCUCCUUCUGGAGCUAUGCCUGAUUUGUAUGUACUGACUGGGAAACAAAUAAUAAACACUUGUACUAAAAGGUGACCUUCAA